AAUCCCCACUGAAUCUUCCCCCCACCAACACCACCAACGACAAGAACUCCUCUGUUUUCCCACCAACCUCUCCUCUGUUUCCCUUUAAACCAAAGAGAAAGCUUCUUCAUUUUUGUGGGUAAAUUCUUCGAUGGCCAGCUCUCUGCGCUCCCUCCCGUCCUCUUCUGGCUUGAUCCCCAAUUCAGCUCACUCCCGGCAGGAAAAAUUGAAGCUUUUGACAAGCUCUCGAUCGGUUUCUUUCCCUUCUCAGGUGGCUCACAAUUUGUGUCUUUCUAGAGGCGUGGAGAAUAGUAGAAUAGUGAGGAGCGUGCGGGCUUGUAGUGGAGAAAUGCAAGUUGAUAUCUCUUUGAGUCCCAGAGUUAACGCGGUUAAGCCUUCGAAGACUGUGGCCAUAUCCGAUCAGGCCGCUGCGCUUGCUCAAGCUGGAGUACCCGUUAUUCUGGCUGCCGGAGAGCCUGAUUUUGAUACCCCAGCUGUAAUUGCGGAGGCUGGGGUAAAUGCAAUUCGUGAAGGCUACACAAGGUACACUCCAAAUGCGGGUACUUUGGAACUUCGUUCAGCAAUUUGUCAUAAGCUAAAAGAGGAGAAUGGGUUAUCAUAUGCACCUGAUCAAAUUUUGGUUAGCAAUGGAGCUAAACAGAGCAUCUUUCAAGCUCUGCUUGCUGUUUGUUCCCCGGGAGAUGAGGUUAUAAUUCCAGCUCCAUAUUGGGUUAGUUACCCAGAAAUGGCAAGGAUAGCUGAUGCAACUCCUGUGAUUCUUCCAACGAAAAUUUCUGAAAAUUUUCUCUUGGAUCCGAAACUUCUUGAAUCAAGUCUGACUGAGAAGUCAAGACUUUUGAUUCUAUGUUCUCCAUCCAACCCAACAGGAUCUGUUUAUCCCAAGAAAUUGCUUGAAGAGAUUGCAAAGAUUGUAGCUAAACAUCCCAGGCUUCUGGUGCUGUCUGAUGAAAUAUAUGAGCACAUAAUUUAUUCGCCAGCUACUCAUACAAGCUUUGCGUCUUUACCGGGUAUGAAGGAUAGGACUUUGACUGUUAAUGGGUUUUCUAAGGCCUUCGCUAUGACUGGUUGGCGACUUGGAUAUAUUGCUGGCCCUAAGCACUUUGUUGCUGCUUGUAACAAGCUCCAGAGUCAGUUCACUUCAGGUGCCAGUAGUAUAUCUCAAAAAGCAGGAGUUGCUGCAUUAGGUUUGGGCUAUGCAGGUGGGGAGGCCGUUUCCACUAUGGUUAAAGCGUUCAGGGAGCGGCGUGAUUUCUUGGUUAAAAGCUUUGGAGAACUGGAUGGGGUUAAAAUGUCAGAACCUCAGGGAGCUUUCUAUCUCUUCAUCGAUUUCAGUUCUUACUAUGGAUCAGAGGCUAAAGGUUUUGGGAAAAUUGAAAAUUCUGAAUCCCUUUGUCGUUACUUGUUGGACCAGGCUCAGGUAGCAUUGGUCCCGGGAGACGCGUUUGGGGAUGACAGUUGUAUCCGCAUCUCCUAUGCUGCAUCCCUCACCACCCUACAGGCUGCCGUGGAGAGAAUUAAGAAAGCACUUAUCGUGCUCAGGCCUGCCGUCCCUGUUUAGAAAAGAUGAAUGCUAAUUCAAAGUUGCCAUUCUUGUACCUCUUGGAAUUGAAGAUCUGUAUUCGAAUAAUGUAGGUUCAUUUUUUGUUGUCUCAGCAAUGGAUUAUGUACCUUUCUCUAUGUAACUGGAAAAAUAUUCACUGUUUUAUAUUGUUAUUUAUUGCAUUUGAAGGACAUUAGAGGAAA